GCAUCACUCAAGCAUUACAAGCAUUACAAGCCUUACAACCAUAACAAUCUCAUCUCAUCUCAUUCUCCUCUUCAAACUCUAUACUUCAAUAUCUCAACAUCAUUCACAAUGAAGUUCACCACUGCUCUCGUCUCCGCCGUCCUGGCCUUCACCUCCUUCGCCGAGGCAGCUCCUCGCAAUACUCGACGAACAGACUCUAGCAAGCCUCUCAGUCUGACUGCCCAGCUUCGACUAGCUGAUACUGCCGCUGACCGCUUUGCUCUUCUCCCCGAGGACGAUGACUUUGUCUUUGACUUCAACAAGAAGCAAGAUAACCCUGGAAAGGGCGGCGAGCUCAUCGCUGCUAACCGUGCCAACUUCCCUGCUCUUGUUGGUACUGGCGCUGGUAUGGCCUUUGGCAGAAUCGAUCCCUGUGGCAUGAACACUCUUCACGUUCACCCUCGCUCCGCUGAACUCCAAGUUGUCACCUCCGGCCGCCUCAUCACCGAGAUGGUCCCCGAGAACGGCGUCCUCGACAAGGAUGGCAAGCGUCGUGUUAUCCGCACUGAGCUUACAGCCAACAUGAUGACUCCCUUCUACCAAGGAUCUAUCCACACACAGUUCAACCCCGACUGCGAGCCCGCUACCUUCAUUGCUACUUUUGCAACUGAGGACUUUGGAACUGGUCAGAUCGCUGAUGAACUUGUUUCUCUGAGCGACGAUGUCAUUGCUGCUACCUUCGGCCAGAGCAUCGCCGGUGAGGAUAUCGACAAGGUCCGGCAGGCUGUCCCUAAGAGCAUUGCUCUUGGUGUUGAUAAGUGCCUCGAGACCUGUGGCCUUAAGAAGCGAUCCAUCUAAGACGGGUCCUCCCUUAUCUUUCUUUCUUUCUUUCAAGUCAUAGCAUGGAAUGAGCAUGUGAGCGAUGUUUCUUCCCCUGGCGUUAUUCUUUAGUUCAGUAGUAUAGACGGAGAUACCCUAGUUCUACGCAGUAGAUUUUGAUAGGAUCCGGCAAUCUGUUUAUUUAUAGAUAGCAUUUGGUA